AACAGGAAAUUAAAUUGUUUGUAUAAGGAUCUCGUAAUCAUUUGAAGUUAUUAUGGUUUUGAAUUUAGCUUUCAAUAUUUAAAGUGCAGACAGGGCAAUAUGUGUAAAGCAUUACAUGUAUUUAGGAGAUAUUAUGUAUUAUUGCGAUUUAUUUGUUUGGUUGAAGUUGUUUGUUUGAAAAACACACCCAAAAGUAUGGAUUGCACAGUAGGAUAUAUAGGUGGAAGAUGCAAUAUACCCUGUCACUACCCAAGCUACGGAAAAUUAUGUCAAUCACUGUGCUAUUGUAAGAAGGAAUACUGUAAUCACAAGAACGGGUGUCUAGAUUGUCCACCUGGUUCCAGGGGACAAGGUUGUGAACAUAACUGCACAUAUCCAAAAUAUGGCAUAUAUUGCCGGUCAACAUGUGACUGCUUGGAAGAAGAGUGUGAUUAUAUCACUGGUUGUGAAGAGUGUCCACCUGGUUUCCAAGGAAAGGCUUGUCAACAAAAUUGCUCAUAUCCAUAUUUUGGUUUAAAUUGCGAGUCAAAAUGUAAAUGCAGAGAAGAACAAUGUAAUUCUGUGAUUGGUUGUGAAGGUGAGGGGUACGGAAUAGGGUAUAAUGAAGGUUGGGAAGACAACUGCACUUAUGAAAGAAGUUACAAAAAUCCAAACGCACUCCUUUCUAGCAUUAUUGCUCUUUGUUUUAUAGCACUCAUUCAGUUUAUUUUUUAUCUUUAUUUUUCAAUUUUCUACAAACCUCGGUUGUUGUACAUCACGAGGUUUUGAUGUAAUAUGCAUAUAUUUAACUUAUGUUUAAGGAUAUAUGAUACAAACAAACUUUUGUCAAAACUACUGAAAAUAACAACCUGAGUCAUGUUUCAAUGAGUAAAAUGAAUACAUUUAACCUCUUGGUUUUUCACUUUUCAUUAACAUUUUCACAAAAAGGGAAUUUGAAUUGAAAAAUAUUUGUAUGGAUUACAUGUAGUAAGGAUGGUUACAGAAAUGUAGAAUUUUGAACACCAUAGAAUCUUUAAAAUUUUUAAGAUGAUGGAAAACUAUAAGCUGUAUUAUUUGCAACAAAAAUAAACCCAGAAAUAUAUGCACAUCCCGGUAUCCAUUUUUCUUUUGUUUGUAUCAUUUCUCAUUAAUUCUGCUUGAACAUUAUGCACAGAUUCUUUCUUAAGAAUGUCCUGUUCUAAUAAAACAGUUAAAUCUCUUAUGACAGAGUAGAUAAUACCAUUUGAUUUCCCUUAAAAUAAGGAUUAUAUUUCAUAUCCU